AUGGCAGGGAAGAAAAAGAAGAGUCCUGGAAAUUCCCCUGUCGAUCAGGGCACCUCUCACGAUUCGAAGCUAGCCCCCGGCCUGCCACCGAUGCCAGGAUCUGAUCAGCCCCCACCUCCUUCUUCACUCCCCCACGAAUCAUCAAUCAAGGUUUCAGGCGGGUUGUCAAACGAGACCUACUACAAGAUUCAAUCAAUGACUAGCGAGAUGCGUGUAUUUCUCGAACACGAUUUCGAAAGCAAGUGGGAAUCGGUCAAAUGCUACGAUUACUACCGAAUUCUUCUUCACUUUAAUCCUGCUACCAAGUCUCGCCCAAACCACAAGAAAAUCCUAUUGUACAAUGCCUUCAAGGAAAAAGUCUACCCUAUCCUCAAGCCAUACAUGCUACCUCCUCAGCCUAUCCCAAUGCAAACUGAGUCCACAGCUCGCAGGGAUUUCAACCCACUAAGCCGACGAGUUAAGAAAGACCAACUUGCCACCGCGAUUCUAGAUUCCCGACCAAUCACUGUGAUACCUGCAGGUGCAGACAUCCGAGGUUUACUUUAUCUUUAUCGAGAACAUGUGGACAAGGACCUCAUUAUACCUGGCGAUUCCGAGUUUAUUCGAACACCAAGUGUUGUACAUCGUGAUAUGGUCAAAGAUCUUGUGAUGGAGGAGCUCCGAAUGACCUUGCAGGAACGUGCUCCGCACGUGUAUAUCCAUUCUGUUCCAAUGUCUCACACGGUUCUGGUCAAUCUCUACAUCAUGUUUGUCUUAGGGGAGCCCGUUGAACCAGGCAUGUUGUCUACACACACGAGCUUCCUUCAGACCAACAAUGUACACGUCAUCAGAUCAUAA